UUGCUCUCCCCACCUCGCCUUGCCUGCGUCCGGCCACAGCGUCUGCUACGGAAGGGGGAGUUCGAGCUCCUGCGCCUGGCGGGCCCCGAGCUAGUUGCGACCGUAGCAACGGUGUGAGCGAGAGCUGUUCGCGCAGCCCCGGGAAAGUGAAGCCAACGCGAUCGGCAGUUCCGUGGCGAGGACGAUCGGUGCGCAAAGUUACAGCUGAACUCGUACCACGUCACGUACCAUCAAGAAGAUUGUCUUCGACACCUCAGCCGCAGAGCUCCCUGUGUAACGAACUGUGGUGCUGGCUUAGGCCUCAUUUGUUUCUUUCUCGAUCGUCUCCUGUUGAAUAUCUUUGAGCUGUUCAUUCGGCACGCGAACUGUGACGGAAAGCACAUCGUUUCCAACUCGGUCCGGGGUCCAGCCCGUUCCUUGAUGCCUUCCAGCCUGACUCGUCGGUCGGCAACUGCUGAAGACUCGGUCUACAAGGCAGCGCGACGCAGUCACCGAAGUCACUUAGAAUGUGACGUCGGCGAGACCUAGGAGUCCUUCGUGAGCGCGCCCGCGGCAGCAAGUUUCAACGCAGCGGCGGCGGCGCAAAGAACUCGGCGCUGCUUCAACAGUGCUGUUUUUCCAUCAAGGACAACUAACAUCAAUACAGCCUGUGAAAGACCAUUUGAUGAUCCUCUUCAGACAGGGUUGAUUGGUGCCACAGAACGUGAUCAGAGAGAACCUAAAGACCAGGAAGAUGCUGGAACUCAGCGACAACGAUCGCCUGAUUCUGGUGGCCUCUUGCGCGGGACUCGUCACGGCCACUAUCCUGGUCACCGUGUGCGUGGUGACACCCCACUGUUGGCUCUAUCGCUGCAUCUGGGGCCGAGAGGAAGAGAAGGAGAAACGCAAGAAGCUCUACUACGGCACUGACGUGAUCCCCCUGCCGGCAUGUCCCGUAUCCACCAAGUCCGUGCCGGCCACCGGGGACGGAAAGGGCGCCGACGGGGGCGGACUUGUGGGGGCCACCGGUGGCGUGGGCGGCUCCAUCGUCCUGCUGCCUUUCGUGCGCAGCAGGGCAGCCAGGGACUCCACUUACAGCAGCAUGUCUACAGCCAGCAGUCGCGGAGAGGCGUCGGUCUACCCUUUUCCUGCUUGCAACGGCUGUUCGCAGAGUGACAAUUCAGGUGACGUGGUUGGCAGUGCGGAAGGCCUGGAGGAGGCGCCGCCAAUGCUGGGAAAGGUGACAAUACUGCUCAAGUUCCAGCCGUCCUCGCCCACCGUGUCGUCAUCGCAGGGAUUUCCAGCUGGAAAACUCUUCAUCACAAUAAGGGAGGCGCAGAACCUUCCACCUAAGCCCCACGGUGUCGUGUGUGACCCGUACAUUACCUGUAAGGUAAUAAAAGGCCGCAUCAAGAAGCCGCGACGUGGCAGCGCCGGCCUUCGGCGGCCCAGCUGCAUCAGCCUCGGCAGCUCGGGUCACUGCCUGGGCCAGUACCAAACGCAGACCAAGCGCAAGACGCAGAGCCCCCUCUACAAUGAGACCUUUUCGCUGGACCUGGCCAGGGGAGAGUUGAAGGACUCGUCCCUUUACCUGGCCCUUUACGACAUGGACAAGUGUUCCAAUGACACCGAAGUGGGGGAGGCGAUCGUUCCCCUGAAAGAAGUCGACAAGUUGGUGGAAGAUCCCACAGAUCACAUGCUAGAAUUGGAGCUGAAGGAACCUAAGCAGUACAAGGGAGAGAUUCUGUUCGGGCUGAGCUACCUGCCUACAGCCGAGAGGCUCACUUUUACCAUAAUGAAGGCCAGCAAUUUGACAUCGCCCAUGAACAACCUGGAGUCUUUCUAUCCGUGUGUUCGCGUGCUCCUGUUCCAUAGUGGGAAGCUUCGCAAGAAAAAGAAGACAGCCGCCCAACAUGCUACGCUUUGUCCUGUCUACAACGAGUCGCUGACGUUCGACGUGCCGCAGACUGAGCUGGACAACGUUGUCUUUCUGGUCGUGGUCAGCCACCGGGACCCCUCCCAGACCGUUUCCUCACCAGAGUCACCCACGACUCCCGUGGCCGGAGCCCCGCAGCAGCACGUCGGCAAAGUGAUCGUCGGAGCCUGCGGCCGCGGCAGCGUACUCCACCACUGGAACGCCAUGAAACAGAGCCCGCGCAAGCAGGUCACCCAAUGGCACACGCUCCGGUGAAUGGACACGUUUCGCGCGGCGAGUGCAGACUGGUAUGGACUAACUUGUGUGGACAUUACAGGAGGGAAAAAAGGCAGUGAGCACGUUGAAAUAUCUGAAGCGAUAUUUGCUUACGUGCAAACACCAGAGUUACCCUGGGGCAAUCGCACUCCUCGCAUGUGCUUCGAAAUUGUUAAACCAAGGCAAUUGAUCUGCACAAUUUGGAGGAGUGGCCAUCAUAGGUGCACGUGCACUUUGUGAGCGACAUGUCAGUGGUGUUUUAAUAGCACAUAUGAUUAGGUAGAAAGAAACCCUCUGAUGGAUCUGAAUAUACACAGGAAUGGCAAUUGAUGGUAUUGUGAAAAUGAAACUGGUACUGCGAUUUCCUUCCAAUACCCACCCACUCCUGUAGUCUUGUACGAUUACUCAUGUCCCUAUUCCUGUUGGAAACUGACUGAGAGCAUUUAUGGAGGCUAUCAACUGUAGUUUACGAGUCUCAUAAACAAUGACAAUGUGGCAUUGUUUGUUUCCGAACUUAGGAUGCCGUCUUCAUUGAACAGCUGGGAAUUGAGUCACCCAAUGCCAGAGACAAACUUCCUACAUUCGUUAACCAGUCACAGCAUGCCGUUUGUUGCCAUCCUGGUUUAUUACGGUUCAUUUCCUUUCAAAAUUCAGUGUAUAUUGUCAGACUUGCAUGCCAGCACGACCGUUUCGUUUGGAGAAAAAAAUCCCCGAGUUAUUAGACAACUUCCGAGUGCACAGCUAUAUGUUCGGCAUAAAAUGCACUCGAUUUUUUCACUUUGGAGUGGCGUGGUGGUGGAGACAGUCAGAGAGCAGUAGUAGCGGACGAUACCAAGUAGGAAGGUACAUCGAUUUUCUGUGGAAUCCUUUCUUCGGGGCAAGAGCGUUCUCGCUAUGAAAUGACCAUCAUAAGAAGGAAAUUGUUACGAACUUCAACUCGGGUCUCCAUUCCAAUAUAAACUUAUUUCUUUAUACGCAGAACACAUCACUCUGGAUUUACAUAAACCACAAGGAGGAGGAAUAGUGGCAGUUUCAUCUCAUGACGUUGCUUUAUAAUUCACACGAAAUAAUUGUCGUGUAAUAUUUUGUCACUGUCCACGUUUUUUGGCGUAUGUUGACAUGCAGUAACUGUACUAUCGUUCAUUUUAAUUACUGUAGUCACAAAGUUGGGCUACUAUGCUCAAGAAGGCGUAUUCGAUUCCCAGCCGUCGUGACUGCUGUACUAUUUGAACUAAACACAAAAAGAAAAAAAAACUACCUUGUACUUCCACGUCAGUGCACUUUACAGUUGUCCUCAAUUAAUUUUGAGUCCUCUGUUGUAGCAUGACUCCUUAUAAUGUAUUUAUUUUUCUACGCAAUACCUGAGAAAAAAACUAUCAUUAACCAUACUUAGAAAAUUAGGGAACUGUGAAAUUUAGACAAGCAGGUUGGCUGCUAUCUGUCUCAAUGCUUAUCAGCUCUCGCGAACAGUUUCAUUGAUAGGUAAAAUUCGGGCAGGAAACUUGUAGUGUACAAAUCAUAUUCUUUGAAAAGUUUUGAAGAAAUCGCAACCAGCGAAGCAUUCCCCAUCCUGUGUGCUAGACUAUAGGCCAACUCUGCACUAGUACACUAAAGUGGUAUUCUAAGCGAGUGCUCAAACUCAUGGCCAUGAAAAACCAAUUUUGGAGAAACAACUAUAAGCGGCACUAUAUCUACAUAAACUAUGGCAUUUUUAUUGGCUAUGUAUGUUUUAUGCUAGGAUCGAUUUUUGAAAAAAAAAGUGCAUGCAAUGUGGUAAAAUUUAGUCAACAUGGACGUGGCAUCUGUUAUGUAUAUACAGAGAUGUACCUCUUAAAAGUUCAAAUUUGGAUAAAAUACUUGAUUUGUGAUACUAUACUGACUGUUUUUUAAUCUCGAAGACUUAUCACUUUUUACUGUCUAGAAGUACCUCAGUUCCGUUGGGAGGGGAACUGAUGAAGUUGUCGUAAAAACGCGACACAGUUGAUCAGCAAAGGCACGUUUGAAUUUUUUGCUUGUGCUCCUCCUCAUAUGCACUACUCGAAUAAGAGGCAAAGGAACAAUGAGUUGUUGUUUUACGGCAUAUUUAUUGUUCAAGAGUGAGAAUCCAGGCUUGACGUUCCAACACUACAGCAUGAUGCUUUGGAGAUGUUAUAGUUCCUUUGUCUACAUGUAUGCCUCAUAAAAGUACCUCCCAUGAAGUAAUUGUUUCCUCCUUCUCCUUCCUAACUCAUACCACAAAAAAUUUAGGACAUAGUUGGUAACAUUCUGCAUGGUUAAUUGGGGCUACAGGCAUGGUGAAAUAUUUUGUGAAACCCUUUAUUGAAGACCCAAGGUUUAUGACACAGUCAUCGUGAGCUUCGGUACUAAUUGCUGAUGCUGGAAAUGCUAACUAGUGACGUUUUGAAAUAUCAUUGAAAUAUCUGUGCUGCCUUGACACAUGUUUUUUGUCCUUUGGAUGUCCUUUUUCUUCAAACAAUAACACUCCCGUUUCGUUGCGGAAGAAGAAUAUGUUUGAUGUAUAGCUACCUUCCCCAUACACUGUGCUCGCAUGACAGGGAUGUAUUCUCGCUGUGAAACAUCCAAGUCGACACAAGUUGACAAACUUUUCAUAUUCUGCUAAUGAAGUUUCUCGCAUGUGUAUACUUGUACACUUCUUUUUUUGCAUGGGGCAAGUGCAUCUAAGCAAGCAAGUUUAUGGUAUUGCAAGAAGUAUAUAAACAACUGAAUACAGAAAUAAAUUAGUAACAAUUGCCUGUGAAAAAACAAGUGGAAAACACUGAAAAUAUUAGAACAUUUUUUCUCUCACAAUUAAUAAUAUCUGAACUUCUGUGACAUCUACAAUAUAAUACUAUUUUAAUGUUAAUUUGCGGAAACAAAAGUUCAAUUGGACACUUCCUCGCGAUUUUCAGAUCAAACUGCAGAAACGUUUACUUUUUUUGUUGCUUACCACUAAGGCACCUGAACUCACCAGCUUUAUGCGUAAGAGGGGUUUCAGUGGCGGUUCUUUAAUUUUGUCACAAGGUGCCUAUUUCAAUUGUAAUCUGCAGUUACAUUUUUAAAAGGACCUUUAUGAGUGUUUUGCAGCUUGUUGUGCCACCAGUAUUUCUGGUGCGAAUAAGUUGCUUGCCAUGGUCAGGAUUUAUUUCUCGCAGCUUUUCCUUCACUUGUUAACAUUUGCACUGUUGUUGAAAGGAGAUGGAAAAAUGAUGUCUCACACAGUGAGAAUUGUAAUUCUGUUUUGUAAAUGCCAGUGUUGGAUGUUGGAUAGCAUAUAUUUCAAGACGGACUCCUGUAAACUUAAGAGGCUUUUCUCGCAAAGUCGGUAGGACCUGCGACCAUGGAUCUGUCAAAAGUCAGAUAAACAGGAUGUACUCGUUAGAGAUGUUUCCCAUUUCGUACAAUAGUUCUUCAGUUAAAAUAAAUAUGGUGUCUGGGCUUC